AUGCCUCUCUUCCAUUUCGAGUCGCCGGCGCCGCCAAAGCUGGAUCUCUCCAGCACACCCGAAGCCUUCCAGGUGCCCAACUCGAUCUCCGCGACUUCCUCCCUCCACAACUCCAUCUCCGGUCGUAAACGACCUCGACCCGACACGGGGACUCUAGCUUCCCAUCUCCAACCCCCGACCGAGCUUGGCCGGUCCACGCCGCUGCUCCGCGAUCCGACUCAAACAAGCACAACAUCAACAACAGCAGCCGAUCACCAUUCCGCCGAGCUCGACUACCGUCAAAACAGAUACCGCGAAUCCUUCCUACCCCCUUCUCUUGAUGCCAGCGUGGAUUCCAUAGAGCCCAGCAGCAACAGCCGCAAACGCAGCCGGCGCGACUCGUCCGUCGCGUCCCCCAGUAUCGAUGGCUCGGUUCCCGCAACCCCUGUGGGCUGGGGCCGUACGGUGAUCAACGUCGUCGGCAAGGUCUUGGACUUGUGCUGGUCCGGUGCGUUCCGCGGGUUCUACGCAGGCGGCGGACGUGGCUACGAUAUGCCCGCCGGGCCGGGACAACAGCUCGAUCCCAGCGCGUGGCAGUCACCAUCUUCUGUCGAAAAUGACAACAUUUUCAGCUCGCACAACCAAGUCCAUUUGACUCCGGUCCCGGGCCAGUAUCCCGAGGAAGACAUCGACCGAAACUGGGUUGUCGUACCAACCGAGUCCAAGGAUCCAUUCAUCGACACCGGCAGUCCUUCUCUCCGCGCUCGCAGGGCUUACCAGGCCUCCAGUCCUCGUCGACGACCAGCACAGAUUCCGCGCCUCAACAAACGAGCCGCGUAUUCCUCCGGUGCACGCCCCUCCACACCAACCAGGAGCCCAACGAAGAAUCCAGGUCUGACAUCGCCUCGAUCCAAUAAUAGUCCAGGGUCCGCGGAAGUGCAGCGAUACGCGGCGCAGCUUCGCCGCAAAGAGCGCCAGGAAGAUGCCAGUAUCCGCCGGCUGAACAAGCAGUUGCAGAAUAUGAUCCGGGAAGGCAAAGAGGCGCUGGGGACGACGGUGAACGUGGGUGAUCUGGACAUGGAGGACUACGACUGA